ACUGAUGCAGGGGGAUCCAUCAUGGCGUCGAUGCAGAAAAGGUUACAGAAGGAGCUGCUAGCCUUGCAGAAUGAUCCACCCCCUGGAAUGACCCUAAACGAGAAGAGCGUACAAAACACCAUUACACAAUGGAUAGUGGACAUGGAAGGAGCCUCUGGUACUGUUUAUGAAGGGGAAAAAUUCCAGCUUCUUUUUAAAUUUAGUAGUCGUUAUCCCUUUGACUCACCUCAGGUAAUGUUCACAGGAGACAAUAUACCUGUCCAUCCCCACGUUUAUAGCAAUGGCCACAUCUGCCUGUCCAUCUUAACGGAGGACUGGUCACCAGCCCUUUCAGUCCAGUCUGUUUGUCUUAGCAUUAUUAGCAUGCUGUCCAGCUGCAAAGAGAAGAGACGGCCUCCUGAUAAUUCAUUUUAUGUACGAACAUGUAAUAAAAAUCCAAAGAAGACAAAAUGGUGGUAUCAUGAUGAUACCUGUUAAUAUGAACUUUCUUGAACUCCAAGAGGGAAGAAGUCCUACUGACCUAUAGAAGCACUUUUUUGAAUAUCAUAUGGUCUCUGAACUUAACCUUGGACUCAAACUAAAGCAUGGACUCCUGUGGACCACAAACACGGGAAACGAUGUCAGCUGUGUUACUGGUAGCCAGUUGGAUGCAUGUUUGGGGGUUAACAAAAGAGAUGACGAAUGGAAAUAAAUUAUAAACAGAACGGAAACGGACCAUCAUUGGUAGUUGUGAAGAAAUUUUGUUUCAUCCAGGAUUUUAUUAUUAUUUUAUUUUGAUAGUAAGAUUACCACACCACACUGUUCAUUUUCUGUCUCUAGUUUGUUUUAAGCUCCACGUGUCUUGUGCAAUAACAAGAAUUUGGGUGCAUUUUCAGGGCCAAUAAUGAGAAAUCCAAAUCAAUAGUCACGAUCCAAAACAAAUACUGAAAUGAUUGUAGUGUUCCUUCGCUUUACUUUCAUUCCUACUGAAAUGAUAUGCACUGUGAAAUGAUAUAAGAAAAGAAAGGUUUGUUUAGGAGGUUGAAUUUCUGAUGAAUCGCUGUAAAUAGUUUAAUAUACAAAUGGUACGUUUUGUUCUCAUUCAUCUCAAGUUCUGAUAUCACUGCAUAUGGAGGUUAGUCUCUGAGUCUUCUUUGGACUUUAUUUGGUGCAUUUAAGCAUUAAAACCAACCUUGAUCAUCAAUCAAUCUCAUAUUUACCUCUACUAACUCCUACCGGAUGAAACCAGGGCCUAAAACUAAAUUGCUGUUGUUUAGUAUAUGAUACUAAUGGUAUUAAUAAUGGCUGAGAAAGCAAUAUGGUUCAGUAUGAUUAUGAAAACUUUACAGAAAACUAGUUUUCAGUAUUUUGAAGCAGCUUGCUGUGUAUUUGAAAAGGCAAACAUUUUCCCAGGUUUAGAUUGAAAAUAGUUCAUAAAUGGGCUGCCAAUAAAACAGAAUCCUUUCAAAAUAGUAGUAAUCUCCUCCAAAAUAAAAGCUUUGUUGUUUAACUUAAAAGCUAAUAAAAUAAUCUAUAUAAAAUCAAACGAUAAUAAUUGCAAUGACAUGUUUUGCCUCUAUUUACCUCAAUUAUGCAUUGCUUUUGGGCCAGUAAAAUAUUUAUUGUAUUGUGAUAGAUUUUCUCAAAUGUUUUUGCUUAGUUUUAGGCCCUGGACACAGAAGUAUUCAGUGUAGAUUUGCAGUGCUUGGUAAACCAGUAUAUUGAAUGUUGGCAAGAAAGUUCUGUCUUGUGUUCUAUCUUAUUUGUAUAAAAUCUUUUUUACGAGAUUGAGUUUGCUCAAAUAUCUUUUAAAUAUUCCAAUUUUCUUUUCUUUCCAUGUUUUUACUUUAUCGAAAGUAACCAAUAAGAUUUGAAAAAUGGCAGUAUGUUUGGGAUUGUACAUCUUAUUUAAUUCGAGGUUCCUGUUUUAUUCUUUGUAACCUCAAAUGUAACCUUUUUGGAAGUCAUUGCAAUUUUUGUAUAUUCUCAAGGUGUUGAUUAUCCUGGUCAUACUUGUCUGGCUCAGGUAUUUUUAUUUUGUUUUUUAAGGAUGAAAAAAAAA